AUGUUCCCUUCGAGUCUCGGGAAGGUGGCCCUAUCUUGGUUCCAUAAAUUGGCCCCACGAUCCAUACGAGGAUGGAGGCAGUUGGCCGAGGAGUUCACUGCCCGGUUCUUGACAAGCAGAAGAGCCCCGAAAACGUUCGAAAGCCUUUCCACUAUGAAACAAGCGGAAAGUGAGCCGAUCAGAGAUUACGCUAAAAAGUACUGGGAGACUUUCAACGAGAUUGAGAGCUGCAGUGAAGAAUAUGCGAUUGCAACCUUCAAGACUGGCUUGCCUGUUCGGGGAAAGUUGCGCCGGUCUUUGAAUAUGCAUCUGGUAGCAACGUUGGCCAAACUAAUGGAGCGAAUUGAACAACACGCCAGAAUGGAGGAUGACAUACUCCGGGAGGAUGGCAGGAUUAUUGCCGAACAGACAAAGGCAUCUGUUAAGAAAGUGGAUAAGCCAGAGCCCAAGACUUACAGAGAAAGAAAGGAGUAUGGGUAG